AUGGGAAGACUUAUCAAGAACCACUGGGCAAGACUCAUCACCUUGACUGCUGGCGUGUACCAGAUUGCUGCCGCUCUUCAGGGUUUCUUCUGGCCGAAGAUUUUCUUCGACUUUCUGACCAAGACUCUCGACCCGGCAGUGAAGCCUUUUCCAACAUUGCAGAUCAUCAACUUAUUAAUGGGACUAUGGAUGAUAGCUUGGGAGUACCCCAUUGUGUUCGUUGCUGGCUCUGGUCUCCACCGCAGUCUAGAGGCCCGUCUUGCGGCGCUGCCUCUGUUCGCUCUAGCUGCUAUCCUCACGUACCAGGGCACCAAUGCUGGUCUCUACUACUUGAUUGCUAUGGUGAUAUAUUUUUGGGCGUACAGUGAAGGCGAGAUGAUCUGCGCGAAACCCUGGACUCUUCCUCAGAGAGGUAGCCGUAGCAAGGCAUAG